CCCGUCCCCGCCGCCGCGAUGUCCGGCCAGAGCCUGACGGACCGCAUCACCGCCGCCCAGCACAGCGUCACCGGCUCGGCCGUGUCCAAGACGGUAUGCAAGGCCACGACCCACGAGAUCAUGGGGCCCAAGAAGAAGCACCUGGACUAUUUAAUUCAGUGCACAAAUGAGAUGAACGUGAAUAUCCCACAGUUGGCAGACAGUUUAUUUGAAAGAACUACAAAUAGUAGUUGGGUGGUGGUCUUCAAAUCUCUCAUCACAACUCAUCAUUUGAUGGUAUAUGGAAAUGAGCGUUUUAUUCAGUAUUUGGCUUCAAGAAAUACGUUGUUUAACUUAAGCAAUUUUUUGGAUAAAAGUGGAUUGCAAGGAUAUGACAUGUCUACAUUUAUUAGGCGUUACAGUAGAUACCUAAAUGAAAAAGCAGUUUCAUACAGACAAGUUGCAUUUGAUUUCACAAAAGUGAAAAGAGGGGCUGAUGGAGUUAUGAGAACUAUGAACACAGAAAAGCUCUUAAAAACUGUACCAAUUAUUCAAAAUCAAAUGGAUGCCCUUCUUGACUUUAAUGUUAAUAGCAAUGAACUUACAAAUGGGGUAAUAAAUGCUGCCUUCAUGCUCCUGUUCAAAGAUGCCAUUAGACUGUUUGCAGCAUACAAUGAAGGAAUUAUUAACCUGUUGGAAAAAUACUUUGAUAUGAAAAAGAACCAAUGCAAAGAAGGUCUUGAUAUUUAUAAGAAGUUCCUGACUAGGAUGACACGAAUCUCAGAGUUUCUCAAAGUUGCAGAGCAAGUUGGAAUUGACAGGGGUGAUAUACCAGAUCUUUCACAGGCUCCUAGCAGUCUUCUAGAUGCUCUGGAACAACAUUUAGCUUCCUUAGAAGGAAAGAAAAUCAAAGAUUCUACAGCUGCCAGCAGGGCGACAACACUUUCCAAUGCAGUCUCUUCCUUGGCAAGCACUGGCCUGUCUCUGACCAAAGUAGAUGAAAGGGAAAAGCAGGCAGCAUUAGAGGAAGAACAGGCUCGAUUAAAAGCUUUAAAGGAGCAGCGUCUAAAAGAACUUGCAAAGAAACCUCUUACCUCUCUAACAACUGCAGCCUCUCCUGUGUCAGCCUCAGUAGGAGGUAUAGUGACUGCACCAGCCAUUGAUAUAUUUUCUACUCCUAGUUCUAACAGCACAUCAAAGCUACCAAAUGACCUGCUUGAUUUGCAGCAGCCAACUUUUCACCCAUCUCUACAUACUAUGUCAAGUGCUUCUCAGGUAGCCAGUACAUGGGGAGAUCCUUUCUCUGCUACUGUAGAUGCUGUUGAUGAUGCCAUUCCAAGCUUAAAUCCUUUCCUCACAAAAAGUAGUGGUGAUGUUCACCUUCCCAUUUCUUCAGAUGUAUCCACUUUUACUACUAGGACACCUACUCAUGAAAUGUUUGUUGGAUUCAAUCCUUCUCCAGUUGCACAGCCACAUCCUUCAGCAGGCCUUAAUGUGGACUUUGAAUCAGUGUUUGGAAAUAAAUCUACCAACAUUGUUGUAGAUUCUGGGGGCUUUGAUGAACUAGGUGGACUUCUCAAACCAACAGUGGCCUCUCAGAACCAGAGCCUUCCUGUUGCCAAACUCCCACCUAACAAAUUGGUAUCUGAUGACUUGGAUUCAUCUUUAGCUAACCUUGUGGGCAAUCUUGGCAUUGGAAAUGGAACAACUAAGAAUGAUGUAAAUUGGAGUCAGCCAGGUGAAAAGAAGCUAACAGGAGGAUCUAACUGGCAACCAAAGGUUGCACCAACAACUGCUUGGAAUGCUGCAACAAUGAAUGGCAUGCAUUUUCCACAAUACGCACCCCCUGUAAUGGCGUAUCCUGCUACUACACCAACAGGCAUGAUAGGAUAUGGAAUUCCUCCUCAAAUGGGAAGUGUACCAGUAAUGACACAGCCAACCUUAAUAUACAGCCAGCCUGUUAUGAGACCACCAAACCCCUUUGGCCCUGUAUCAGGAGCACAGCUGUCGGCAGCCUCCAGUCCCUCCAGUCACAGUCCUCACAGAGCUUCAGGAAAGGACCCUUUUGCAGAGCUCUCUUUGGAGGAUUUCUUAUAAAUCACUUUAGAUACAGUUUAUGUAACUAGAUGGAAGAAGAUGGAUUAUUCCAAAAAGACAAGUGCUCAAGCAGCAAAUAGUACUUCCAGCAACAUCCAAACUGCUGUCUCUUAAACUUUCUUCUUCCAUUAGAAUUUACAAUAACCCAGUGAAGGCCCAUGAAGGAAAUUGGAACUACUAAAUAGGAGAUCGUAUCAGUACUGUUUAUAAAGCCAAGAAUUGCCAUAAUUUCAGACUAAGUUCUGUCUUUUUGGUGACUAACCCUUCAAUUCUUUCAACUCCUUUUAAUAUUCAUAAUCAGUAACAUACCAAGAAAAGCCCUUAUUUGGAAAGUAUGGAAUUCGCAUUUGGAAAAGCUGCCUGGAGAGAAGCACUAUGUCCUUUACCAAAAUACAGCAGAGCUUUUUUGGGAUGAUUGAAAUCAUAAUUCUUAACUAUAUCAUAUUUUUCUUUUCUCCAGUCAUCACAGAUAUGAAAACAAUAACUAAAAUUAACUUUUCUUUUAAAAAUUAUAUAUUCAGUCUGCAGUAGACAUUCCUGAAGUAUUUGUAUUUAUUUAUGAUUAUCAAUUUAUGUAACAUUAAUAUUGUAUCAAACCUUCUUAUGAAAAUAAGUAUGGAUGUACACUGUAUGUUUGAUUUUUAUCCACAAGAAUGAAUAUGAUUCAGAAUGCUUUUCAGCUGACAUACAGAGCACUAAAUAUUUUAAGGCAAGUCCAUAGGUCUGAACUGCUUAGGAAUUACCAGUCUAUGGAAUUUAGGGAAGCAUUAUAAAUGCAUUAAUCCUUCUAGUCAAAUCUGUGCCUAGGAUUUUGCAAGGGAACAGUUUACUGACUACAAAAAGCACUACAUUUUAAAUUCAGCAUUAGUGCAUUGGGAAGGAACUUUCUGCUUUGUGCUUGGCUUGUCAUUAUUUUCCAUUGAUAGGGCCUUUCCAAAAUGAAUGUGAAGAAUUGCUUUCACUUAAAGAUUUUCCUUCUUUUUAGUAAAACUCUAGGAGAUAUUGGGGGGGAGGGAAGGGGACAAAAAUUCUUGAACCUUUCAUUUGGCUUAUGCCAUAUUAUGAUCAUGUACCUUUUAAAUAAGGGGAAAUAGUAUCUUUAAAGCUAAUGUCUAGCCAAGAGUUUAACAAAGAAUUAAACUGCACUGUUGAUCAGUGCUUUGUGUAAAUACAUGUUAACAUUGGGUUGAGAGGGGCCUUAAGAAGGACAGUUCAUUAUAGGAAAGCAAUUCUUUACAUGAGUUUAGGCAUACUUGUUGCAUUGUCUGCAGAUUCUAUUUUUGUUUACAAUAUUAAAAUGUAUGUUAGCAAAAAUGGGUGGAUUUUCAAAUAAAA